AUGAGGGGCAAGUUAGGGGAGUAUGUCGUCGUCUCUGAUAUCGCUGAGGGUGCAUUUGGAAAAGUUAAGCUUGCGAUUCACACCCUGACGGGUCAGCGAGUCGCGCUCAAGUGUAUUCGAAAAGCUACGGUCAAUGCCCAGAACCCAAAAGCCAAGACUCGCGUUGCCCGGGAAAUCGAAUACCUUAAGAUCGUCAAACAUCCGCACGUCAUCAAACUCUAUGAAGUUAUUAAUACGCCUACAGAAGUCAUUCUUGUCACUGAGUACGCUGGCGGCGAGUUAUUUAGGUACAUUGUAGAACAUCGCUCGAUUUCGGAAGAGCAAGCGAGACGCUUCUUCCAACAGAUAAUGAUGGCAAUUGCGUAUUUGCAUUCCUUGGGGAUUGUCCACCGCGAUUUGAAGCCCGAAAAUGUUCUUUUGGACGAGCACACCAAUGAUGUGAAAAUAGCCGAUUUCGGUUUAAGUAAUGUUAUCACCGACGGGGAUUUCCUUCGGACGUGGUGUGGAAGUGCCAAUUAUGCUGCUCCAGAGGUUAUUAGCAAUCACCCUUACCCAGGUCCGGAGAUUGAUGUCUGGAGUGCUGGCGUUAUGCUGUAUUUGUUAGUGUGUGGGCGUUUGCCAUUCGAGGACGACCAUACCCCCACCCUUUACCAGAAAAUUCAGCAUGGGGCAUACGAAAUUCCUAGCUGGCUAUCACCCGAACCAAGAUGGUUGAUAUCUCGGAUGCUUGUCGUCGACCCUCUAAAGCGUAUCACGGUUCCAGAGAUACUGGCUUAUCCAUGGACGAACCGUGGUUUGCCAAAAUAUUUGUUGAAGACUGUGGCAGACCUCGCACCCCCGGCUGUGGUUGGCACGAUCAGUUCGGUCAUUGCGAAGACUCAGGAUGAAACAAUUGUCGAAGGUCUAGGCAAAGUGGAUCAACCCAUUAUCCUGGAGCUCGCUGACGCCAUAGGAGUGAAUGCGGAUGAAGUGAUGGGGGCAUUGCAUUUGGAUGGCGAGAAUGCGGUCAAAGUCGCGUAUAUGAUAUCUAAAGAUCAGAAGCGAUCAGGCCGAGAACGUACGCUAUGGACGGUGCAGAAAGACUCUGAUCCUAACCCCACUUUCAUUUUAGUCGCCCCUAUCGAGGAAGAAAGGGACGGGCACAAGAAGAAGCAGAAGAUGCUGGAAAAGGCAACUACUGUGGUAAGUACCAAAUAUUUUUCCGGGGCCGGUGUUUUCGUUGAUGACCUCGUGGCGGAGAAUAGUCAGGAAGAAUCCGAGGACGACCCCAUUGACGCUGAAUUCGAUUGGAACGAUGAGAAUGAACAGAAUCAUUUCGAGCUGCUUGACAGUAGUCUUGUCUGGGAUGGACGAGUUGAUGAGCAUGGUCGCCCUAUCAAGCCAGACCACCCUCAUUCGGCAACAGCAUCUCGGACAAAGAUCCGUCCACCUAGGUGGAAUUGGGGAAUUCGAUCUAGCAGUCCGCCAAUGGAAAUCACGUACGAGCUGUACAAAAGCUUGCAGCAUCUUGGUGCUGAAUGGAGAGAGAAACGCCAUCCAUGGUCAUCGACACAAUUGCCGUACAUGCCCCUGGACUACGAUGAUAUCACACCAAACAACGAUAUCUUUCUCGUCGAAACUCGCUGGAAGUUGAGGGGUUAUUACAUUCGCAUAGACAUUCAAUUGUACGAAGUGCAUGCUUCAAAUUAUCUCCUUGAUUUCCGAAAUGUCGGGCACAUGCCAAUUCCGUCUUCGAGGAGCCCCGAUGAUGGCAACCGCCUGAACGACGCUCUCUACAAGGUUGCUAAUCCUUUCCUCUUCUUGGAAUGCACCUGCAAGAUCAUAUCCCACCUUGCUGAAGGAGCCUAG